GCUGAGCCACAAGUGCUGCUUGGAAAGGGCUUAGGUUGAUUCCAGGGGGAGAACUCUGCAGAGGAGAGGCAAAGUUCAACAGGACAACAAAGAAGCAGCAGAAACAGCCAGGAAAAAGAAGAGCCCCCAGGUUUUGACACAGAACCCUCCACCAGAGUUCUCAAAUCCCCAAAUAGUCUGCAUAGUGCUACUUGACGGGAACUUUUCAGCUGACUUUUACUUUUGACGACCACCAUGACUGAGAUCACUGCUGAAGGAAAUGCAUCUACAACCACAACUGUGAUAGACAGCAAAAAUGGAUCUGUGCCCAAAUCCCCUGGAAAAGUGCUGAAGAGGACAGUCACAGAAGACAUAGUGACCACGUUCAGCUCUCCUGCAGCCUGGCUUCUGGUCAUUGCCCUGAUAAUCACGUGGUCAGCUGUUGCCGUCGUUAUGUUUGAUUUAGUGGAUUACAAAAACUUUUCAGCAAGCUCUAUUGCCAAGAUUGGCUCAGAUCCUUUAAAACUUGUACAUGAUGCUGUGGAGGAAACCACGGACUGGAUCUAUGGCUUCUUUUCUUUGUUAUCCGACAUAAUCUCAUCUGAAGCUGAUGAAGAAGAUGAUGGUGACGAAGACACUGAUAAAGGAGAAGUAGAGGAGCCUCCCUUGAGAAAAAAAGAAAUCCACAAAGAUAAGACUGAAAAACAAGAGAGACCUGAAAGGAAAAUACAAACUAAAGUUACACACAAAGAAAAAGAAAAAGUAAGAGAAAAAGAAAAACCUGAAAAGAAAGCAACUCACAAGGAAAAAAUUGAGAAAAAAGAAAAACCAGAAACAAAGACAGUGGCAAAAGAACAGAAGAAAGCUAAGACUGCAGAAAAGAGUGAAGAAAAGACUAAAAAGGAAGUGAAAGGUGGAAAACAGGAGAAAGUGAAGCAAACAGCUGCAAAAGUAAAAGAAGUACAAAAAACACCAUCAAAACCCAAAGAAAAGGAGGACAAAGAGAAAACAGCUGGGUCAAAGCAUGAACAGAAAGGUAAACAUUCAGAGCAGGAGGCUGCUGGAGAUUCUAAGAGAAUAUUGGGCAAGAAGCACAUGCAGUGAAAUUUAAAGCUGAGAAAGACCAAAAUCAGACUUCAAACGGGGGUAAAAGACAUUAAAGUAAAUAUAUCAGAAAGGAAAUACAGUACAUUGGAAAUUAAUAUUUAUUUAUAAAAAUACUAAAAUGUGUUCACAUAUCUAAAAGGGGCAUUUUGAAAUAUUUUUAAAAGGGGUUUGGAGGUAGCAUCUAAAAUCAUAUAAAGAUUGGGGAUAAAUGUUGAAUUUUUGAGAUAUGGAAUGUCUAUUAAGAGGUGGAAUAAAGAUUGUAUGUGUCAUACUCUUUGGAGGAAAGUGGUCCCCCAAAAUGACAACAAUUCCUAAGGAGUUUAUUAAGGGGCACAUAUUGGCAUCAUAUAGAGUAAAUAUCAUAAAAACUAUCCAUACAUUACUGUUGCAUUGGCAAGAGCACAUCAUUUAGAAUAUACAUCAAAUUUUUAAAUUUAUUUAAUAGGCAAGAUGUUAUAGAGAAGACAGCUCUUAAGAUUCUUUUUCAGUUUCCAUUGACUAAAUUUCUAACUUUAGAAAGCUCUGAAUGUGACAUAUUGUGCCACUCUUCAGCAAGAGUGAUGUCAAACUUACAUCCCCACUUUGCAAAAAUAUAGCACUUAAAUGGAGGUGGAAUAUAAACCUGAAUUUUUUUUUAUGGAAGGUUGCUACGUGAAUAUACAGAGCUGAAGGUUUAGGAGGGCAACUAAGGGUCUUACUGUACCACAUCUCUGGCACUCGUUGACUCUUUCUUUUCCUAAGUCCAUUCCUGACUCCAGGUUGCUAUAUAAUCCUGAGACUCCUUUACAGAAUACGGGGAUCUAAUAUGUAGGGACUAUUCCUCUAACUGAUGUUUCUUAGAGGCAUUGCAAAACCAAAUUUUUCUUUACUUUGUAGAACUUUUGAUUAAUGUUAUCUAAGGACUGUGUCAAAGAAUUGGUUUCUAUUAGAUUUUAGUUUAAGGCAUCUUACAAUUUUGUUACAGAGCAAGCUAUUUAGAGGAUGAAACUGAAAUUAAUUUUUCCUCAUUAUAAGGGACAAGAAAUGAAAUUUGCAAUCUGCUCAUACUGUAUUUUCAUCUUUUUUCUCUUGAAUUUGCAUUUGUAAACUUUGAUUCACAUGUAGUAUUUGUCAACUCUGAUUUAUACGACAAAAGAUACAUGUUUUAAAAAGGAGAGUUUUUCUUUUUUUAGUGAUCUACAAACUUUUUAAUUUAGAUAAUUUUAAUUUAUUUAAUAUUUUAAGUUAUAAGUCAUAUUAAAAUUUAGGAGCUCUAAAACUUUUUCCAAUUUUCAAGGUGAUUAUAUCACCAUGAAAAAAAUUUAAAAGUUAAUUAUUACUUCUAUCAAAAUUUUGUCAUUAAUGAAAUAUUUUGGUAGGAAAAAAGAAUGAAGUAAAUAAAGAGAAAAUACAUUGAAUACAAUAUUUUACUGUGGUUAAAAAAAAAAAAAAAACAACAGCCGAAAUAAUCUUUGGAUUCACUGGUAUGAUUACUUAGAUCCUAAAAUCCUUUACACUUUAGAUGGUUGUUCAAAAAGAAAAAUAAUCACAUGAAAUCAGUGAAAACCUACAAAGUACAUUCUAAUUUUUAACCAUAAAUACAGAAUGUAAAAAUUGAUGCCAGUUAUAUUUGGAAAUGUCAAAAUACUUAUCUAGCAACUAGGAAUGUGAAUGUAUUUUUUGAUGUUAAUUUUUCAUAUCUUUGGGGAUUUGGGAGCCAUAUUUUAUUGAUAAAAACUCAUCACCAGAACACUUUAAAAUAAUAUUUAUUUUCCAGGCCACAAAUAUUGUAUUUCAUUUCUAUCAGUAAUCAGAUUUAUUAAAGACAGCAUUAUAUUACCAUAUCCAUUUUCAGUCUAUUUUUAUUUCUACACAAAGAGCUAUUUAUCUAUUAAAAAGACAUUCAAAUAUCAUUUAGAAUUAAAAACAAAAGCACAAAUGUGAUUUUAUCGGCUAAACAAUUGCAAUUGCUAAAGCAAGUCUCAGUAUUGAGAACAGUUGCCAUCAAUUAUAUAAAUGUGUCAUUAGGUAAGUAAUCAAAACUUAACCUCUAAUGGCAGAUCAGACAUAUAAAUAUAUCAUUUUACUUUUCAUUUAUUUUUUUACUAAGUAAAGAUUUAAUUAAGAACAUUUUUAAAUUAAAGAAAACUAAUUACAUUAUGAUUUUAACUAAGCAAGAUAAACAAAGAUAUAGUUUUUAUUAAAAUUUCUGAGGCUUUGGUUUUGAAAAUUUUAUAUGAUGACUUAGUGUAACUGUUGAGUUAGCUUUUUGGGCAAGAGAAUACUCAUUCACAUAGUUAAGUUAGACCUAAUAUGUUUGAGGCAUUCUUUUUACAUAGAUUUCUAAAUACUUCUUUUUAAAGAAACAAGGCUCAUAGGUCCUUCACUCACUUGGAAACAGAUUUUUUACAUGGGCACAUGUUUAUUAGUAAUUAUUGAAUUACAUAGUAUACAUGUGAAUAUAUUCAAUGUAGUUACUCUCAAUAUUGUAUAUGGAAAUAAUACAUCUCUUUUUCUGCUUGAAGCGUUAGGGAUAAGAUGCAUAUGUAUAUACACACCUACCAUAAACACACACACACACAUACACACACACAAACACAAACACAAAUCAAAUAAUCUAGUUUUUAUGAACCCAUCUAAAUCUGUAUAUAGAGUAGGAAGAGUUGGCAUAAUCAGACAUUGCUCCCUAGUUUUCUGAUGACCUCUGGGAGGUCCGUGGGGAAGGAAGAACAAUUUUUCCAGCUGCCACACACUUUGCUCAUUCAUUCAUUCUUUCUUUCUUUUUAAACAACUAUUUAAAUACUUGUGGCAGGCAGAGAAAGUAUAGCUAAUGUGAAUCUGUUAUAGAGCACUGGACCACAUGUGCCCCAUCCUCAUUAGAGGUUUCAUAAUUUUUUUAAAUUUGUUUUUGUUGACACUCUGCACCCAGAAUGUAUUUUCCCUUGGUUACCACUCCACAGGGAACACCAACUAAGUAUCCUUUGAAUGACAUGUAUCACUGCUUCCUGAGGAUCAAGGAGAGAAAUGGAGGACAGCAUGUGUUAUUCCAAGAAGGAUGUUUAUUUGGGAAAAAUGUGCUUACAAUGAUGAGCAAAUUUAACAUUAUAUAAAUUAUUAUCUCAGAACUAUGAAAGUUAGAAUGGCAGGAUAAUUUAUAUGUUCUUUAUGAAAAGUUUUCUGCUAUGACAUUUAAGUUGGGUUUAAAGAAACACUUUUAGAAAACAGAUCUUUCAAAAUCCGGAAGGCUUGGUUUUUCUGUAUUCUUAGAUAGGUUAAGCAAAUAAACUGGAGACUUCCCAACCCAUACCUACCUAGAAUUCUUAUACAUUGUUAAGGUCAUUGCCAAGGACAGGUGAAAAUGGGCAUCCUAACUUAAAAUAGUUGAAAAUUCCUAUCAGCUUUGAUAGGAAUAAAAACAUCUUUCUCAUAUUCCUAUUGAUAUAUUGGUGCCAUUAGAAUACAAGAUCAGAGCACUACAUAUAACAACACCUUCUUAGUGUUGUAACAAAUAAUUUUCUAGGUUAGAAAAAUCCUGUGACUUCAUAAGAAAUUUCAUUUUUAUGAUUAGAAGUUCAUUGGGCUGUUGGUGUAUUAAUUAAAUGAAUGAUUUUUGGAUCUAGGAAAUAUAAGAAAUAUAAGUAAGGUACAGUUGUCCCACAGUAUCUGUGGGGGAUAGGUUUCAGGAUUCCCUGCGGAUACCAAAAUCCACAGAUGUUCCAAGUCUUUCAUAUAAAAUGGAAUAAUAUUUGCAUAUAACCUAUGCACAUCCUCUUGUAUACACUAAAUCAUCUCUA